CUCCUUCCAAUAAUGUACACUUUUAAACACCGCGGCACACGACGAACAGCAGCAAACCUUUUUAUCUGUAACACAUCGCAGCUGCGAUUUCCUGCGAACCGCACGACCGACCGCGUCAAAUUUGCUGGUGGUGUUGCUGGCAGCAGUUUCAAAUUCCAUUAUCUUAGACCUUUACCAUCAUGACCUCUUCAAUCAAAACCCAGCUGGUCGUCUUCGACUUUGACUGGUCAAUGGCAGAUCAAGACACUGAUCGCUGGGUAUUCGAAGUUUUGGCACCUGAUAUCCGUAGAAAAAUGAAAUCGCUUAAAGAGAGCGUCCAAUGGACCGAUCUCAUAGCGCAGUCGCUGCAAGAACUCCAUGCACGCGGCGGGACCCGUGAGGAGAUCGAACAAGCCCUCCGCCAAAUGCCCUUCCACCCCGCGAUGGUCCGUGGUGUUACCAACCUCAAGGGAGCUUCUAACCCCACCACCACGUUUUUCUGCCUCUCUAAUGCGAAUUCCGUUUUUAUCUCCACCAUUCUCGAGUCAAAAGGGCUGCAAAACCUGUUUGAAGAGAUCGUGACUAACCCAGCCGAAUUUGAGAUUUCGGGUUUGCUCAAGCUCCGUCGUAGAGUCGACCCUAACGGGCCUCAGCACAGCUGCACAGUCGGUUGCAGCCCCAACAUGUGCAAAGGUGAAGAGCUCACUGCGUUUUUGGAGCGCCACAAGCCUGGCUACGACCGUAUCAUCUACGUCGGAGACGGGUCUAAUGACUUUUGUCCUAUCCUCAGACUACGAAGCCAAGACAUGGUGCUCUGCCGGCGUUUCCGUGGCCUCGAGCACCGUAUAUCUCGGGAGGGCGGUCUUCAAUGUCAGGUUAAGUAUUGGGCGGGCGCUUGGGAGGUCGAAGAGAUCUUCAGUCAACUCGUAGAGAAAAACUGAUGAUGCUGCUGGAUAGCGUUGAUGUUAACAUAUAAAAACGAUGUAGAGUAUAUUGGGGCUAUAUCUAUAGAGGACUCGGUGCGAGAAUGCUUGUACUUUGUAAGUGGUAACAGACUGACUCGGCUUG